UUGCUCCCAUCUAUCUCUGUCUCUGUCUGUCAAUCUCACGCACACCAGCACAGCCUUUUCUUCUCUUCCUCCUCCAGUUAACGGUUGCUGCCCCCCUCUCGCUCUCCCACCACCGUCCAUCCCACUUCCACGCGCACACAGCAAAGCAAACCAACACCAAACCAAACCAAAGCAAGCUUCGUUUCCGCUGCCCCCCCACAGGCCACUGGAGGAUGAAGAGCACGCAGCAUCGCCUCUACCGGCGGCGCAUGGCAUAGGCAUCGCCUGCCCCCACCCCGCCCCCGCCCAAGAAUGAGAGCUUGGGCCUCCACUACAAGAGAUAGAGACAGACCCACCACCAUCAAGAACAUCAGGAGGAGAAGUAGAUAGAUGGGCAACUGCGGGACGCGAGAGGAGAAUGCCGUCGUUGCGGCGCACGCCCAAGUUCAGCAGCUCCAUUUGUUACAACAUCCUGUCAAGAAUGCUGUUGCAGAGAGGAAGCACACCCGCAUCUCAUCAGAUAUGAGUGAUCCUUCAACACCUAGGAAAAUUGAAGAUGCCAAGAACAUCUCCAUAUACAAUGAUGUGAUUGACUUCACAUUGUUUGAACUCGAGACUAUCACAAGGAGCUUCCGUGCUGACUACGUUCUUGGUGAAGGAGGGUUUGGGACUGUUUACAAGGGCUACAUAGAUGAGAAUGUCAGGGUUGGUCUGAAGUCACUACCUGUUGCAGUCAAGGUGCUCAACAAAGAUGGACAUCAAGGACACAGAGAAUGGCUUACUGAGGUUAGGUUCCUUGGGCAGCUAAGACAUCCAAAUUUAGUCAAGUUGAUUGGGUAUUGCUGCGAAGAUGACCACAGGCUGCUUGUGUACGAGUUCAUGUUUCGAGGAAGUCUAGAAAACCACUUAUUCCGAAGGACAGCUACUCCACUAUCGUGGGCUACUAGGAUGUCGAUUGCAUUAGGAGCUGCCAAAGGGUUAGCUUGCCUCCACAAUGCUGAAAGGCCAAUUAUCUACAGGGAUUUCAAGACAUCAAAUAUUCUGCUGGACUCAGAUUAUACUGCUAAACUCUCUGACUUUGGUCUGGCAAAAGCUGGCCCAGAAGGCGAUCAAACCCAUGUAUCAACUCGGGUGAUGGGAACAUAUGGUUAUGCUGCCCCUGAAUAUGUGAUGACUGGUCACUUGACUGCUAGAAGUGAUGUCUACAGCUUUGGUGUUGUCCUUCUUGAACUCUUGACUGGGCGUAAGUCCAUCGACAAGUCACGGCCCAGCAGGGAGCAUAGCUUGGUUGACUGGGCCCUCCCGAAGCUGAACGACAAGAGGAGGCUUCUCCAAAUCAUUGACCCAAAACUGGAGGGACAGUAUUCAGUUAGAGCUGCCCACAAAGCCUGCAGCCUAGCAUACUACUGCUUGAGCCAAAACCCAAAGGCGAGGCCUCUUAUGAGCGACGUCGUUGAGACUCUUGAACCAUUGCAGGGCAGUGGUGGAAGUGAUGGAGCUGUUCAAUCUGUUCUUGGCAGUGGCCUUCCGAGCUACAGAGUAAACCGCAGACUAAUGACGAACAGAGUCCACUGUAGGGCGCUUCCGAACCCCAAGUGCUCCCCUGCUGUCCCAGCAUGCAGGGUGAGAUGAGAGUGUGCUGUUUCAGUUGCUCCUGGAAUAGGUUCAGUUGUACAUUGCAAGUCUAAACCGUUGAUGGUGCGUGAGUGUGCACACCUGCGCUGUGUGCUUUUGGGUUUUAUCUUUUUUCUUUUUUUUUUUUGGCUUUCUCCCCCAGUUUUCAACCUGUAAAUUUGCUCUGCAUGGUGGUGCUUGUAAGGCCCUCUAAUUUUCAGUGGUCUUAUGUGUUGUUGACUGUGUUUUGCCCUGCCAAAACCGGCAAGGUUUAACCCCAGAAAUGAAAGGCUGAACUAAGAGUGCAACGAUGGUUGCUAUGCUACUGAAA